AUGACAAAAGAUGCUUCUGUUACUGUUAGAAAAUCUGGAAAUAACAAAAUUCAUUAUAGUAACAGUUCAUCUGAAUAUGAUAGCAUACCUCAGGGCAUCACAAAGAAUCAGGAUAUGAAUAAUUAUUCCCCUGAAUCUGAUGUCGUACCUCACAGCAUCACAAAGAAUCAGAUUGUGGAUAAUUCUUCAGCUGAAUCUGACCAGUGUAGCAAUGUAGUUACAUUUGGCGGACAUCAUCUAAAAAUUGGAAAUGAACACCUGGUUUCAAAUUUACCUGAUUUAAUUCAAGGUAACACUAAAGAUAGACACUUGGAUGUCUCAGAUACAUUUAUAACUAUUGAAACGAAAGACGGUUUGAGCUCUGAGAAAAUGCCAUUUUCUCAGUUUCUGAAAAAAGUUGUUGUUGAGCAGGAAUCUGGAAACUUAAAAAUAGAUCUUAGCCAGCUCUUGAGUUCUUUUACGCCUUCUGCAGAAGACAGUAAUGGUGGCCAGAGAGAUAAAUUGUUGCCUAAUCACCUUCCCCAAUCUUCGCAAAUGGACCUCGAAAAUGAAUCAGUAGGUUCCAAAGUGCGAGGGUCGCAUUCAAGUGAACCUGAUUCCACCACAGUUUCCGAUAAGCCUGUAAAACGUAGAGGCAGGCCAUCAAAACAAAAACAGUCCUCAGUUUUGUCAUCAGAGGUGAAAACAAAAGGCGGUUUCUCAUCUAACAAUAAUUCUUCAGUAUCAGAAUUGAAACUUCUCUGUGACAGCUCCAAAAGAACAGACUUCAGUGAACUAUCUGUAAAGGUGAAAGAAAAACCCGGCUUUAGCCACCAUCACCCAAGGAGGUCUACGAGGACACCAGCAAAAAGUUGUAGAUUCGGGGAUGAUUUUGUGGAUAGCAUAACUUUAGGGAAAAUUGUGUCGUCUUCGUCGUCAUGGAACACCCAGCUAAUGACGCUGGCGCUAGCUGCAGAAACACACAAAAACAAACCAAGCAAAACAUCUUGCCAGGGGAUUGUUGAUGAUGAUGAAAACCAUGAUGUUCCUGAAAAUAUGGAUGAUGAUGAUGAUGAUAAUGACUUAAUUCUGAGUGCAGAGACACAAAAUCCCAAGAAGGAGUCUGACUCAAAAACAAAUUGUGAACCCAUCAACGGGCAAGAUGGACAUAAAAAAGCUGCAGUGGAUGAGAAGAAAAAACGAAUGAGUAACAAUUGCUUAAGAGGGCCCAAAACUUUAAAGAAGUAUGAACCUGUUGACCCAGUAGUAAAACGAUCGCUUAACGAAGCCCUAACCCUGGCGGCGGAGGCAACCAAGGAUUUAGGUAAUGAAUUGACUGAAAAUGCUUGUAGCUCAUCCAUUUAUUACACCAUAAUGGAACCAAAAUUAGAAGCAAAAGGAAAUGGGCUGAUGGUUCAUAAGUCUGAACAGGGAAUAAAUUACAGGAUAGUCAAUUUUUGUGGAAGCUUUUCAGAUGAUAACCAGAUUUCUAAUCCUCCUAAAUCAUAUCCCCAAGAUAGAUAUUUCUUCUGUGACUUGUGUGAAAAUAUCUUUCUGUCAACUAAUAACUGGUUGCAGCAUAAUAAAUACGCCCACAGUAGAACUAUUGAUAAUUUUGAAACCUCACUGAACAAGACAGAUAAUAAAGCAGAAUACAAGUGCGAGUUUUGUGACCAGAAAUUCCCAUACAAGUUUAUGCUGGACAUUCAUAUCAAACGGAAGCGACACAGUGAGGUCAAGACAUUCAGGUGCACUCUGUGUAAGGAAACCUUUGCUACACACAAGUCAAGAGAAGAACACUGGGUGAUGUCACACCCAACGCGAAGCUGUGGCCUUUGUGGUAAACAGUUCACAAAUAUUGUCAUGCUGAGAAGACACAUCAACCACAACUGCCAUGGCGCUCGUUUCAGGAAACGGACGGACAUUUUGGAGGUGAACAAUGAAAGCAGUUCAAUUUUCAGACUGUCUGACAAGUCUUUUGAAACAGAUUGUGUGGAAGAAAGUGACAGUGGUAACAUAGAUGAUGACAUAAAAGAGUCAGUGGAGGAAACAGAUGUGGAAGACAGUAGCGAAGAUACUGAAGAUGAUUUGUUAAACUCCAAUAUUGUUAAAAAUGAGAGCGGCAAAGUUGAAUGUGAUCAUUGUGGCACAGAAUUUUCUACAUACUCGGGUUUGUGGUAUCAUAAAUUAGACGAACACCACGAAUAUUACCCACCUGGCCACCGAGAAAAGCUUCAAGAGAAACUGGAGAAGAAUGAAAUCAUUUUACAGAAUGCACAAGAUGCCAAUUUGCACAAGGACCCAGAAGCUAAUAAGAACAGUUUCUUUAUUUUAAUGAAGCCAAAAUGGCCACCACAUAAAUCUAAUUUGUCAGUUAGUAUCGAGGAAAAAGAGUUUAUAUUCAAGCCAGAUGAGGGAAAAAUGUCAGAGAGGUCACCUGAAAAUGAUGCUGCUGAUAUCGUAGAGAGAAAGGAAACAAGUUUCAAAUGUUUACAGUGUGAAGAGACAUUUCAGUUUGCAAACAGUUACAGAGAACACAGGAACCAAGUUCAUGGUGAGAGCUUCGAGGUGCUUAGGAUGCUUGGUGCAUUUCAGUGCACCCUCUGCUCAGAAACCUAUCCCUACCAGUUCAUGCUGGACAGACACAUCAAAAACCAUAUGGGGAAGAAACUGCUGCCCUGCACUCUUUGUGGUCUCUUCUUUCACAAAAUUCAAGAACGACGGUUGCACUGGAAGACAGCCCAUCCUGGCAUUGGCUGCCCUAACUGUGGUAAAAUGUACGCCAGCAUCAAGUAUCUGCAGAAGCAUAUCUCACUUAAUUGUCAGGAUCAUUUCCCACCCACAAAAAAGUUCUUAGAGUUUCAGAAGAAGCAGUUGAGUGACUUUGAAAUGCCAGACAGUGUUAAAAAGGUUGAAAAGAAGAUUCUGCAGUGUCAUUUAUGCCCAAAGUUGUGCAGUUCUGUGCAUGGGUGGAGAAGGCACAUGUCAGAAGCUCAUGAAGAUUCAGGUUUUACAAAACUGUCAAAUACUUGCAUCAUUUGCAAUGAGCUGGUGUAUGGUUACAAAGCUUUAGAGAAACACCUGCUAGAGAAUCAUGCUGUAGAUACUGGCCUGCCUGUAGAAGAAGAAGAUGGUAUAGUAAAGGAUGCUCUGAAAAAGUGUGAAAUAGACAUCACUGCAUACAGGAAAGCUGGGAGAGAUGAUUCUGAUAUUUACCAAGAUGAGAAGGGGAAUUACCAUUGCCCCUCUUGUCCUAAAACACACACGGAUAUUAAAGCUCUGAGAACCCACAUCAGAAUUCAUGUCAAUAUGAAAUUAGAGUGUAGCGUUUGCAAUAAAAUCUUCAAAAACCCAACACUGCUAAAACAGCAUGUUCAGCGACAUAGAAAAGAUGCUGUUUACAGCUGUGAAUCUUGCAAAAAGAAGUUCCUGACCCUUCAAAAACUGAACAAACACAGAAAAGUCCACCACAGCACUGGUAAUUUUGUGUGCGAUUUGUGUGAGAUGUCCUUCGCACUCAACGAUUACUUACAGAAACACAAGCGCUGUCACACAGAUAAGCGGCCACACUGCUGUACCGUCUGUGGCAAGAGUUUCCGCACCAAGCCUGAGCUGCGUGUCCAUGUUCUCAUCCACACUAGAGAAACCCCAUUCAAGUGCCAGUAUUGCGACCGCGGUUUUUCACAGAAGGGAAACUAUCGUAUUCACCUGGCGCAGCACACUGGCGAGAAGCCAUACCAGUGUGAUCAGUGUGAGGUCUCAUUUGCUCUGCAUUGUCAUCUUAAAAGGCAUAAGGUUACUCAUGAUCAGAAGAUACACUAUCGCUGCAUGUGGUGUGAUAAAGAAUGCACCCAAAGAAAACACAUGCAGAUGCACGUGCAGAGGGUCCACAAAGAGGACUUCUAUCAGUAUGAAGAGCAAAUGAAACUGGAAGCACCAGUUCCAAUUGCCCCUUCUCAAGUGAAGCUUUAUAAUAGGAGAUUAGGAAAAGUGAACAAAGUCCGCAAGCAGUACCGCACACGGGCUCAGAAAUGUGACACUACAAUCCAGCAGUUAGUGAACGGCAUUGUUACAAAACCUGAACCAAUGGAUGAAGAUACAGAAACAUCCCAGAAUAUAAUCAUAGAGCCGAUAGUUGAACAGAUGAUGGAAACUGUUACAUGUGAAAUGUCUGUUGGUUCACAUGAAAGUGCAAACUUUGAAAUCUUGGUCAGUGAAGACCAUCAGCACUUUACCAAGCAUGCAAUACCUGUGGAUCUUCUAGGACAAGAUCCUUCUAAUGUGGAAAUUGUGGUGGAUGAAAACAAUGAAAUUAACAUCAUCAUCAAAGAUCCCAGUGCCUUACAAGAUAUUUUAGGUGACCAAAGCAUGGCCCACUUGACCAGCGGUCAAAUAGAGGUUCAGAAGUCCUUGCAGCAGGUUGUGGAAGCAUUGGUCAACCGUGCCAAACAUGUCUGUGAUGAUGAUGAUGCUCAGCUGCCACUUGACAUUAGUGACCUCGACAAAAGUACCUUGUCUGGAACAUCACAAAUGUUAUUUGAUUCGACGUAA